AAUAGUGGAAGGGGGGAGGGGGGGGGAAGAGAGAGGAAAAAUGGAGAAGGGUUCGAAAAAAAUAGAAAAUCAUUAAAAAAAACAAAAAAUGAUUUCAAAAAUGUAUUUGGUAAAAAAAUUUUCUGAGAAUAACGAUUAUUUUAUUGUUACAGUAAAACAUUCGCAUUAAUUAUAAAUAUAUAUACUGUGAAAUUAAUAAUAAUCUGCAAAAAAAAAAUAUAUAAUAAAUAUUUAUUAUUAAAUGUUUUGUAAAAGAAAAAAAAUUAUUGAAGAAAAAUGGAUGAAGCAACUUUAAAUAGACUUGCAGUGGAGGCAUUACUUGACGAGGCAAAAAAUGGUGCAAAACGUGCUGAAAUAAUAGGACCAAGCGGUUGGGUGAAAAAUAAAGAAAGUAUUAAUAAAAGAUUUUUACAUUCAACUCUAAGAAAUGUCGUUCAGUCAAAUAAAAAACGUAUUAAAAAAGAAAAUAUCAUCAAAUCACCAUCGAAUGACAGUAAAAAAAAUUUUAAAACAGAUAAAAAAUCCGACAACAUUUGAUUGUUAAAAAAAAAAAAUCAAAAAUUAGUUAAUAUUUUUUUUUCACCGCUAUAGUGUAUUAAAAAACUGACAAAUUCCAAAUAUAAACAGGGUGCUGUAAUGUUAAAAAAAAAAAUGACAAAUUUGAAAUAUUUUUAAAAGUUGAUAAGAGUAAAAUAAAAAAUUCUAUAUAGUCAUAUA